GCAUCCACUCGCGCGGGUGCAAAGUCACAGUAAGACUUAACGAGAGUUGUAAAGGCCCAACAAAUAUUGUUUUGCAGGUCAUAUUGUGCUUGACAGCCGCCUGCUUUGAAGAAUGGAGUCUUUGUCAGAAGAACGCGCUGCAAAAGAUGCCAACGAGGCGCAAACAGGCACAACUACAGCGCAGGGCGUCUACCACGUAGUAUACGGCCUGUACGUUACCAAGACCUUUACGGAGAAGAACCUGCGGUCCGCCUUUUCUUACAAGCCCAUUGACGAAGACGUCUUCAUCGUCGGUUACCCCAAAUGCGGAACCACCUGGUUGCAAUUCAUCGUUUACAGCAUCUACACGGGCGGCGCCGGUGGUCUUCCCAGCGCAACAGAAUGUCGAAAGACGAUGGCGUUCCUCGAGAUUUCGGGUGCCGAGGGUGCGAUGUCUAUUCAGCGACCGGGAAUCAUCAAGAGCCACCUACCGUUCCACUUGCAGCCGUACUCCGCGAAAGCCAAGUACAUCUACGUCGCGCGGAACCCGUACGACUGCUGCGUCUCCUUCUAUCACCACACGAAGUACCGGCCGCGAUAUGACUGCCAGGACGUCACGUUCGACCAGUUCCUUGGCAUGUUUGUCCGCGGCGAGGUCGACUUCGGCGACUACUUCGACCACCUCCUGUCCUGGUGCGAGCACCGUGGUGACCUCAACGUGCUUUUUCUAACGUACGAAGAACUCAAUAAGGACACACCGGGGUGGGUCUUGAGGAUAGCCGACUUCCUCGGAAAAGAAGAGUACGGCAACAAGAUGAGCGAACAUCCAAGCGUUCUCGAUAAUGUAGUCGAGCUGACCAGCUUCCAGAACAUGAAGACCAUCAACGAGGAGUUCAGGAACUGGCCAUCGGAACUCGAGGCACUUCCGGACGGAACGUUGACGGAAGCCACGAGGUCGACAAGGAAAGGUCUUGGCGACUCCGUCAAGGAGCGGCCGACGGAAGAUCACGUCCGCAAGGGAAUCGUUGGUGACUGGAAGAACCAUUUCUCGCCCGAACAAGCCGCAAGGAUGAAGGAACGAAUUGCACUCAAGACGGGCGGAACCGACGUGGUGAGUCUCUGGAAGGGCGCGGACAUUCCUUAAGUAUCAGAGGCGCAAGAAUAAACAACUGCACUGUUGCUGUCGUUGCCGGUGUUGGCACAUUAGUUAUUGGCGAACAUUGCAAAAAUACGCAUUCCGUGUAUUUCCGCGCGCAUUUCGGCGUAGGCGUCGCAUCCAACCGUAUUCAACAUGUUUUCAACGUAUUCGGAGAGGUUCGAAUCAUCUGGCUUCCCGCAAAAAUUACUAGAUGGAAUUUUCGCGCUAGCGGAUUCAGGAGCUGCAGGAAUGUCCAAGAUGCGAAUGACGGGCUGUGCAAGGAUUUGCCUAAACUUUGUCAUUUUGACUUGAAAUGGUUCUUGAAUUUGCAAAUUUAAAAUUUUCAAGAAAAUAUUGUGCCACAAAUGGAACGAUGCGCGAUGACUGCGCUAUCUGGCAAAGACUAAGUUAUUGGCUUUGUUGAGAAAUCUUUGAGUGUGCUUGGAAAUAGAUUGUCUACUAUAUGAAAAUAUGCAAAUAAUGUACAGAGAGUGAAAUGAGGGAAGGAGCAGAAUGGUAAUUGCCACCAAAAAUGGCACAACAUCUUCUUACUCUUUUUUAUAGGAAGUACAGUAUGGAAACAUAAGUUGAAGAUCGGAGGAAGUGCAAGAAAGAAAGAAAGAAAGAAAGAAAGAAAGAAAGAAAGAAAGAAAGAAAAUAAGGGCGGAAAGCCGCAGAGACAAAGAGUGAUAAAUAACUUAGCGGGUUGGUAGUCGCAAGCACAAACAUUAGGCGAAUUCAUGUACGAGAGUUUCGGAGUGGCCGUUUUAAGAAUUCAAGGUCAGGCCAACAUUCACCGUUGUAAGGAGCCGUUUUAGGAAGCCGUUUAAAAAAAAAGCCAAGAUACUCGGACCAUGGCCGUGCGUUUUGUCACAGUACUUGGAAUCGACUGGUGUCUAUGACAGCUUAUAGAGUUGGUGUACACCAAGUACACCUUGGUGUAUCUUGGUGUAGUAGCGUACGCGCUACUAGUGCACUCUCUAUUUAUUUAUUUCUUGUUUUCACUCACGUGACUUCUCCUAGUGCAGGGCAACAGACUGGGCAUGCGUCUGCUUAACCUCACUGCCUUUCCGUGCUUCUCUCUCUCUCUUUCUUUCUAGCGUCAAACAAUAAAUUGUAUAUUGUAUGCUG